GCCAUGUUAGCUCUCACAGAGCCGAGAGGAAAGUGCGACCUGAGGCUAACUCGGUGAAGAAUUAAACCGCGUUCUCUGUCCAAAUUCACACCGAAUUAAAAGCGGUUCGGUGAGGCUAUAUGUAUCAGACUUAAACCAAAAGACUCCAACCUCAGACAGUAGUUUGUCUGGGAGGCUGGUGUGUGUAUGUAUUUUUCUUUCCCUGUGUGCGGCUAACACUAUGAGUUCGUUGACUCAGCGGAGUUCGGGCCUCGUGCAGAGGCGCACCGAGGCCUCGCGCAGCGCCGUCGACAAAGACAAGAGCGCGGGCGGAGAGGACGACGAGCACCGCCGAGACGAACAGGAGGACGACGACACCGGCGACUCCAAAGAAACCCGACUGACCCUCAUGGAGGAAGUGCUACUUCUGGGCUUGAAAGACCGCGAGGGCUACACUUCUUUCUGGAAUGACUGCAUAUCUUCAGGGCUUCGCGGCUGCAUGCUCAUCGAGCUCGCCUUACGAGGGAGGUUGCAGCUGGAGGCCUGUGGCAUGAGAAGAAAAAGCCUCCUCACCAGAAAGGUCAUAUGUAAAUCUGAUGCUCCUACUGGUGACGUGCUCCUGGAUGAAGCUCUGAAACACAUUAAAGAGACCCAGCCACCAGAGACGGUACAGAGCUGGAUCGAGCUCCUUAGUGGUGAGACCUGGAACCCGCUGAAGCUCCAUUACCAGCUGCGUAAUGUGCGUGAACGCCUCGCCAAGAACCUGGUGGAGAAGGGCGUGCUCACCACAGAGAAGCAAAACUUCCUGCUGUUCGACAUGACGACACACCCGCUCACCAACAGCAACAUCAAACAGCGCCUCAUCAAGAAGGUACAGGAAGCCGUACUGGACAAGUGGGUGAACGACCCACAGCGCAUGGACAAGCGUCUACUGGCGCUCAUCUUCCUGGCUCAUUCGUCCGACGUGCUGGAAAACGCGUUUGCACCGCUGCUGGACGAGCAGUACGACCUGGCCAUGAAGAGGGUGCGGCAGCUGCUCGACCUCGAGCCUGAGGGCGAGAGCAUGAAGAGUAACGCCAACGAGCUGCUCUGGGCUGUUGUAGCUGCCUUCACCAAAUGAGGAUGCACCUGUAACGUGCUAAAAACAAACUUUUGAAUGGUUACUGAAAAAAAAACAACAGGCAGAAAAGGGUUGUAUCUGAAAUGAACGCUAACUCGUAUAGAGUUGUCUCAGUCACACACGCCCCACCCCGUACUCCCCUUUCCUUGCCGAUAACUUGCUUCCCUUCUACGUUCUCUACACAGCCUUGAUCCGGCCAGAGGAAAGCAUGCCUGCCUUUUCCCCUCCUCCUUUCGUUCUUAUUUUGUCCAGUUAAAUGUAUGAGGGGUAUUCACUUACUGGACUGUCUGUCUGAACACACUGAAGGAGCAAUCUAUACCCUUCGCUUAACUGGACAAGUGGGCUUUCUCUAUCCCCACCCCCCUCUUUUCCCUCCACCCCUCAGUACUCUGCUCCUACGGUAAUAUGGGUUUACUGUCCUAUUAAUGCAAAUACAGAAAUUCUAGAGCAGACAGUAAGUAUCUCUGCCAUUUUAGAGCUAAAUUACUGUUUGAAUCUUUUCUUGAGGUUUUGUUUGAAAUGUGUACCCUCUAUAAGAAUGAUGAUAAAAGAACUGGAGCGUCUGAGUCUGUGUUUUAUGGAAAACGUCUCUGUGUCGAAUGGUUUCAGAUUACUAUUCUCUACCAGACUUGGCGGUCUUGGUUCAAAGAUUGAGGAGCUCCAGUGAAACCACAAGAUUAUUAAGCACCAAAUACUCCCAUUGGGGCAGAGAUUAGCUCCAGACCUGUAGUGUUUCAUCAGUGCAAUGGCAGUAAUGGCUCUUGGAAUGGUGGGGUUUUUUUUUUUCUUUUUUUCUUUCUGCAAAUGAAACCAAGUUUGAUAAUGGAGUCAGCUCAUGGUGCAGCUAGGCCGUUUGCCUUGGUCCAAGGCAGCCUCCUCAGCUGAUGUUUAGAGUGUGUGUGUGUGUGUGGAUGUUCCCAGGGUAAAAAUUUAGAGAACAUUUGACGACAUAAAACCCUCACUAUUCUUCACAAGUUGUUCCCGGGUAUCAACAUUUCCAAAUUUAUAUUGAUCAGUAGCAUAAAAGCUGUAUAUUUUUCACUGUCCUGAACUUCACUAAUACUUUGAGCGCUACCUCUCAGACCUCUCACACGUCACCCUUUAUUGUUUUUAACUGCCUCUCGCUGGCUUCGUCACUUUCACAGAUCUACCGUUUUCUUGUACAUACACGAAACCACCACUUUUAUGUGCCUAAUCUCGGUUACAGGACUCGUAACCUCCACGUUACAAUAUGUACUGUAGCUAUUCCUCAACAUGACAUGACAUGGCAUUCAUGAACAACUGAGCGAAUUGAUUUUAAAAUCCUACAUUUGUCCUUAAUGUUAAAUUUUUAUGUGUAAGGGGAAUGUCAGUGAUUUUUAGCCCCCCCAAUAGCUUAACAUACGCUGUGUGAAGAAGGGAUUCUUCGUUUCAUUUUGGCUUCAGAUAUCUACCUGCCUCUGUAGAAUACUUUUAACAUAUUACUGUCUUCCUUUAGACAGGAGCCCCAGCUAUCCACUAAAUCGAGUCAACUGCUUUAUAUUAACAUUAGUUUUUAUUGUACGGUCAGAAAGAGAGGUUUAAAUAGAGUAUGCAGUGAAAAGUUUGAUGCCAGUAUCAAUGUUGCAAGAUGGUCUAUAUAACAGUUUGCUACUUUUUCCCCAGUUUUCAUGUUUAUGUAUUCCUCUCUUACCAACUGAUUCAUGAAUAACAAAAUAAAAACUCGUAUGACCAUUUUGA